AAAGGAGAUCCGAAAACCCGAAGCGUCACCACCGAGCCACGAUGUACCAGCAGAUGAAGGACGUAGGCGGCAGCUACACCUCGACGGUGUACGGCCACAUUCGCGACCAAAAGUACGACGAAGCUGUCCGCAUCCUGCAGAUCGAGCUGCAGAACCACCCGUGCAGCCGAGCCGCCUUGUCGCUCCUCGGCUACUGCUACUACCAUAUGCAGAGCUUUCACAACGCCGUGUCCAUGUACGAACAGCUCUGCAAGCUCUUCCCGGACGUCGAAGACUACCACCUCUACUAUGCCCAGUCGCUCUACAAGGCGGGCCAGUACGAUGCGGCGUCGCGCAAAGCCAGCCAGUUGGAGAGCGAGCAGUACUCGCACCGGGUGGCGCUGCUGCGGUCGGCCAUUUACUAUGAGCAAAACGACAUGAAGGCGACGCAAUCGAUCCUCGACCAGUGCCUCCGCGACGACCCGACAACGGUUGUGUUUGACGGUGCGAUCGAGUACAAGGAAGGACGCUUUGAAGAGGCCAAGAAAAAAUUCAACGACGCCAUGAACGUCUUGGGGUACCAAUCGGACCUGUGCUACAAUAUCGCGCUCUGCUACUUUCGCCUCAAACAAUACGGCAACGCGAUGCGCCAAAUCGCUGAAAUCAUCGAAAAAGGCGUGCGUGACCACCCCGAAUUGAGCGUCGGGAGCAAGAGCGAGAGCAACACGGACGUCAAGAGUGUCCGCAACUCGACCGUGCUGCGCGAGACGGCACUUGUGGAAGCGUUCAACCUCAAGGCUGCGAUCGAGUACGACAUGAAGAACUUCAAGGGCUCACGUGACGCCCUCCUGGAUAUGCCGCCGCGGGCCGAAGAAGAACUUGACUCGGUGUCGUUGCACAACUUUGCUCUUAUGAACAUGGACGUGGACCCGAACGGUGGCUUCAAGAAGCUCAACUUUCUCCUUCAGAACCCUCCAUUCCCCGUCGAGACGUUCUCCAACCUUUUGAUUCUCUACAUGAAGCACGGGUUCCACGAUCUCAUGGCCGACGUGCUCGCCGAGAACACGCACUUGACGUUCCAACUGCUCUCAAAAGACUUUUUUGAGUUUGUGGAUGCCAGCGUCACGCUCCAAACGUCCCCCGAAGAGGCCUACCGCAAGUACGACGACUUGGCAACCAAGCACGUUGAGAUUCUGCGCAAGCUCACGCAAAAGAUCCAAGCCGCCCGCAUCGCGCAGUCCAACGACGAGAUCAAGGCGAGCUUGAAGGCGUACGACGACGCACUUGAGGACUUCAUGCCCGUGCUCAUGGCCCAAGCCAACAUUUACUGGGACCGCGGCAACUACGCCCAAGUCGAAAAGAUCUUCCGGCAAACGGCCGAGUUUUGUUCCGAGCACGAAAGCUGGAAGCUCAACGUCGCCCACGUCUUCUUCCUCCAAGGCAACAAGUACGAGCAAGCGAUCCAGUACUACGAGCCGUUUGUCAAGAAACACCAAGAAAACCUGCUCGAAGUGCAGGCCAUCAUCCUCGCCAACCUCUGCGUCUGCUACGUCAUGAACACGGACAACGAGAAGGCCGAAGAGCUCCUCCGAUCCAUCGAGCGUGAAGAGGAGGAAGAGUCGGCGCGGGACCCGGAGAAGCGGCUCUUCCAUCUCUGCAUCGUCAACCUCGUGAUCGGAACGCUCUACUGCUCCAAGAACAACUACGACUUUGGCAUCUGCCGCGUCAUGAAGAGUAUGGAGCCGUACCACCGCAAAUUGGGCACGGACACGUGGUAUUACGCCAAGCGCUGCUUCAUGGGCCUCGCGCUCACGCUGGCCAAACACAUGACGACGAUCCGAGACUCGACCAUGGCCGACAUCCUCGACUUUCUGGACGCCGCCGACACGCACGGCGCCGACAUUCCGACGACGACGGGGAUGGAGGCGGCCGCCGGCAACAACGACAUGGCGGCCCACACCGUGAGCUACGAGGCGCGAGUGCUCAAGCGCAUCUUCCUCAAGCUCCGGGGAUGAAAUUUAUACCCCUGCAUGUACCACUAUCAAUCAUCAAUCAAACGUGU